CGCGGUAAAAAGAUAGGUAAUUUUAUUUUCUUUCAGGUACAUAUUAAGCAAUUUACUUUUCUUAACUUUUUCAAUGACUUUAUCGUAAAAAACUCAAAUCACAAAACUGAAAAAUCACUAUAAAAAAAAACGAGUAGACAAAAGGUAAAAACGGACACACACACGCAUCCGUACGGACAUUUUCCAAAAAGACCAUUUCUCGACUCAGAAUGCAUCAAAACACACUUCCCACACGUUUUUAGACAAACUCAAAAAAUCACUAUUACAAGGCUUCCUAGGAAGGAAUAAAUUAUAUCUAAAUAAAAUAUCACUUGCUCAUCAAAACCAAAAACCAAUAAAUGCAAAAUUGAAAUCCAAAACCAUCACUAUUUUUGGUACAAAAAAACCAAAUUUCUCGUUAAAAAUGUUUUGUAUAGACUUUUUACCUUGAUAAUCAUCAAAUUAUUUGUUUAUUUCUGCAAUUUUCCUUUAAUUUAUCUACAUCUGAAACUUUUACUAAUGUAUAAAGAUUUUCAUGAAUUUCGGACGUUAUUAUAACCUCUGAUUACUGAAUUUUCACAUUUAUUUACUCUAAUAACACUCGUGAUAAACAGAUUUACCGUAUCUCAUCACUGGGAAAUCUGUGAAAGGUCAAAUCAGGAUUUUUUGCCUUCGAUGUUCCACAAUCGGUGUAGACACAAAGUGCACGUGGAGGCGACAUGCUGACCACGAAAUCUUCUUCGCUAAACACGAUAAACCUAUCCAAAAAAAUCUCACGAAACUAGAACGAUGUACUUCCCUAUUCACUACUAUUAUUUAUCGCUAUUUGUUGCAAAAAAAAUCUGUAAACUGUCGACUACAAUGACCAACAAACACAGAGACUGCGGUAAAGCUCUCUUCGCGCUGUUUACACAGCAGGAUCGAGCGGGAAACUGACAGGAGCUGCGUUUUCGCGGUUUUUUCCUAGUCAGAAAAAUAUGGUUGUCGCAACCAAUACUUUUGUAAAACCUCCUUACACACUCAUUAUUCAUUUUCUUGUCAUUUAUUUACUUUCAUUAUUGUUAAAAAGUAUAUUUUACAUAAUAUACUGCAUGAAUGAUGAAUCGUCUGCUUGUGCGUGCUCAUAUGCGCGCCAAGCUGUAGGAAACUCAUAGGUGGCGCCGCCGAGCGGUUGGGUAACAGAACUAACGGCCUGUUACCCAAGCUUUCGUCCCCCCAUUUUAACCCAGAACCGUUCUUCUAUAGGAAGUCUAUAUUCGUUGAUAUUCUGCAUCAGCCGAAGAUACGAAAAGAGAGAGAGAGAGAGAGAGAGAGAGAGAGAGAGAGAGCGUAAUUCAGUAUGGCGCUCAGAAGCAGCUGCUCGUGUUUUUGCGAAUAGCCGACGACGACGUUGUUGAGUUCCUGCGCGUACCAUUCGGCCUUCGAGAAGACGCCGUCAGUGUGUAGGUACAGACUGAUUCUGCGGAAAAAAAAACAAGAGAAGCAUCUUUCCGACUCUCGAGACAGCUCAAACCGUCCCAAGCAGUUUCAGCAUAACCUCUCGAGUUUUCGUUUUGGAUCAAGUUAGCUAAAAAACCGCCACGACGUAUUCCUCGGAGACGAAGCCUCGGGGCGGUGCUCGGCAGCAGCAGCAGCUCAGGAACCGCGAGGCAGAAAGUGCGGCGACGACUGCUACUGGUCGACGCGGCAACAACAUGACGACCGACGUGUCCGAGCUGCGUAUGAACGUGGCCGCGCUUAAGCGGGUCGACCCCUAUGUCCGGGACAUCCUCGAGACCGCCACCCAUGUAGCACUCUACACUUUCAACGGUGAGAAGAAUGAGUGGGAGAAGACCGACAUCGAGGGAGCUUUGUUCGUUUACUCGCGCAUCGGCGAGCCCUACAACAGCAUCCUCAUCAUGAAUAGAUUGAAUACAAAGAAUCAAGUAGAACCUGUAACACCAGGUCUGGAUUUACAGCUGCAAGAGCCGUUCUUGCUGUACAAGAACUCAAAAGGCAAUAUUUACGGCAUUUGGUUUUAUGACAAAGAUGAAUGUGUGCGGAUUUCAUCAAUGUUGAAUAAACUAGCUAAGGAAUCGGAUACUUCAAACAAAGUAACGCCAAAGAACAAAAAGACUGUACCGAAAAAGACCAACAACGUUGACAUAUUCAGCAUGUUAAGUAAAGCUCAAGAAGAUUUUAAAUCCAACAAAAGUGGUGGCUCAGAGAAACCAGUCAGAGGAAUAAACUCCAAGUCUCCCAUGAGCAAUGCGAUCGGAGAACUCUCUGGAGCUAUUAAUGCCAUGAACAUGGCUCAGGAUGUUACAUCCAAAAGCGUGAUGGACUUUUUUGCCAAAGCAAAAGUCAAUACUGGGCAUUUCAAAGCAGGCGAUCAACCUCAAACCGGUAAUGUUGUCAACGAGGGAAAACCUUUGUUGGCACGAUUGAUGUCGCACCCAGCAGCACACACAUUAGAACAUAUCGAAAAGCAACACAGGUCAAUAACACCUCAGCCAGCAGCUCCUGCUCAACCUCAGCCGGGAAUGAUUCCUAUGAAUAAUCAAAGUUGUGAUAAUUCAAUUAUAACGAAACUCAGAAACAAAAUGCCGUCACAAUCAAAUGCGAAUACAGCAUCAUCAGCUCAUAUGGGUGGUCAAGAGUACUCAUCAGCACAUGGAAUGCCGUGCUCAGAUAUGUCCUCUGUAUUGUGUGCAGACAACUCACAUAGUUCCUCAAGCUUCCUUAGGAUACAGUCACCUACAGCUAACAAUUCAAACAAUUUAGUUAAUCAACACAAAAGUAAUGCUAAUGUGUCCAAUUUCGUUGAUGCAUAUGAAUCAAUUCAUAAGCCAAACGAUUCUGUGACUGGAAAUGCCAUGUCGUUUGACACAUUAUUUCAACACAGCUCAACGGCCAAUGUUUGCGAUGACUUGAUGGGUCAACCACUGACACCGAAAACCGCCGCACUUACUACCAGCGGUUCGACACCUGCUCUCAUUCCGCCAGGUAUGUUUGCUGCACCAAGUCCAGCAACAGCGGAGCCACUACACAGACCGAUAGAGCCUCUUACAAGGAAUCAGUUGCUUCAAGCUUUUAAUUAUUUGUUACGCAAUGACCCAGAAUUUGUCAACAAGUUGCACGAGGCGUACGUGAAAUCGUUGGGUGAAAUUCUUUCCUAGGCACGCGAGAAACCGAACGAUCACGACGACCCAUGGCUUUAGUUUUUUAAUUAUAUCGUCUCUAUACCUGUAAAAAGUUGUGAAGGACUGAUUAUGAAUGCACGCGAGCGUUGUACGUAAUGUUUUAGCAUUCCUGAUGCGAUUGUUGGCGGCGCAUGUUCGACGAUUUUAAAGCUCGCUAUUAUAUUAUAAUGUAUAUGUACGCCCAGCCAAGUGUACGCAUGAGCUGGCGAAAAUCUACAUGCAGACGUACGGGAUUUCGCGAGUACAGGCGAUCGUCGAUGCGAAAUUUCGUGGAGAAAGAUUAAUUGCAUUCAAAAUAUUAUUUACCGACGAAUGGCUACUACUUAAAUUUCGCGUGACGCAAUUUCGCUUCGAUUUUCAAAUGCUCUCGCGAAACUUCAGAAACAAAGAGCCGAGUACUUGAAGCAGUAUUUUUAUAUUCUGGUGUGAAAAAACGCGAGUGUUGUCAUACUAAAAAAAAAAACAGAGCCAAAAAGCGAAACCGGAAUGUUUUUGAGUAUGGAUCGAAAGCAAAAGCAAAUAUGUAGAACCAUUCGGCAGUCCCAGCGCGACGAUGUUUCCUCGACGACCUGUACCGAUGGGGCUUAUGAAGUGAAACGGUCACGAUUUUAUCAAAAACUGUGAUGCCAAAAAUAAACAAAUAUUACAAAAAUACUUUUCUACUGUGGUGCUUCUGAGAUUGACUCUGUACUUACUAAACUGCGUAUAGUAUGACGAGAACGACUCAUUUUACAGAGUAAUGACACGCGCCCCUUUUUCUUCUUGAAACCAAGUGUUUUGGGUGUUGGCGUGCUGCUGUGUGUAUGUCCGAAGUUUCAAAAGAAAGAUACAAGCGAGCGAGCAAAAACGCUACGAUUGAGUUGAAAAAGAAUAAAUAAAAAAGUACCAGAUUUUGCAAAAA